UGUUGUUACAUUGCCCUCUCCUGGUAGCACUGCAAAACAUCACUCAAUCAAAUCCUGAAAUUAAAUAUAAAUCCACUUUUACCAGAAAAUCACAUUAUAUGGGCUGAAUACUUACAUGAAGUGUAUGGAGACUUUACAUGACGCAAAUAUGAAUAUAUAAAAUAACUUAAACCCGCCCACUGUGUUGAAACAGGAAGUACAUUUAUAAGGAAGUAGAUGAAUAAAUGGACACCAUCAGCCGAAGAAAAAAUGUUUCUGAGAGACCAUGGUGGAGAGAGUUGUAUCAAGCCUGGACCUGAGAACACCAGAGACCAUGGUGGAGAGAGUUGUAUCAAGCCUGGACCUGAGGACACCAGAGACCAUGGUGGAGAGAGUUGGAUCAAGCCUGGACCUGAGGACACCAGAGACCAUGGUGGAGAGAGUUGGAUCAAGCCUGGACCUGAGAACACCAGAUACCAUGGUGGAGAGUGUUGUAUCAAGCCUGGACCUGAGAAAUUGAUUCCUCAGAGCUGUAAGACUUGUGACCAUGUUGAGGACUCCACACAUUGGCUUCAGAUUGAACCCUUGACUUCCACUGUCCAGGGAGUGACAAUGUUCAGGCACAGGACACCCAGAGGGAGUUAUGAGUGUACAGUGUCUGGCCUCCGCUGGCUGUGUGAGAGAGAUGUCAUUCUGAAGUAUCACUUCAGGAACUGGGAACCCUACAGUCAAUUUCUGAAAGACAUGCAGUACACACAAGGUGGUCCAUUGCUGGACAUCACUAUGGAGUUAGGUGAACUGGAGGAAGUUCAUCUGCCACAUUUUGUCUGUUUAGGGACCAACCCUUCCCUGAGGAAUGAGAUGAAGAUUCUUCAUGUAGAGGAACAUGGAGUGUCUUUAGAGGAAGUGCAUGAGAUGUCCACUGUGAUGUGGUCCUCUAUAUGGCAGUAAAAAGGUCAACAGUCAUUUCAAGGCUGUACCUGCUCCUCAGAAAUUCCAG